ACUGUCCAGGGGGCGCGGGCAGGGGCAAGGCUUAGGCAGCUGUCCUUCUCUGGGAUGACAGGUGUCCGUAUGCUGGGCCUGCUCCACGACACGGUGGUCUUCUUGGUGGACCAGCUCCAGGGAGCCCGCCGCUGCCAUAGCCACGCCUUCCGCUUCUUUAAACAGAUCAGCCAAGAGGAGGACCUGCCUGUCAACCCCUCUGGAUGUGCCCGCUCUGAGGUCUACCUCAGGAAGUCCACCUUCGACAUGUUCAACUUCCUGGCUUCCCAGCACCGCCAGCUCCCUGACAUCAACCCCUACGAUGAGGAGGAGGAUGAAGUCCCACUCAAAUCCACAAGACGUGCCACUAGCUUGGACCUCCCCAUUGCCAUGCGCUUCAGACAUCUGGAGAGGACAUCUAAGGAGGCUGUAGGCGUGUACAGGGUAUCGGCUGCUACAUGUUCCGUAUCGAUGACUUUGACGUGGUGGACGCCACGAUGCGCAGCAAUGCGGGGCGCUUCAUCAACCACUUGUGCGAGCUCAACUGCUACUCACGCGUCAUCAACGUGGAGGGCCAGAAGCACAUCGUCAUCUUUGCCUUGUGCAAGAUCUACCAGGGCAAGGAGGUUACUGUCAUGACUGUCCUGUGAGGAUUACAAUGGGUCAGAUCAGCCUGGCAAUGGUUGACAAUAACCAGACCUUCUCUCACCCACUAAAGAGGGGAGGAGGGAGCCCUGUCGUAAAUGUAAGUAGACUUUCUCUCCCCCUCCAGUAUUUAACCCAAGUAAUGCUCUUUGUUAACUUUUCCCCCCGAAACUCUAACACGGUCUAAUGGAACAAUAAUUCUAACAUAAGAAUGUGGGGAAUGGUCAGU